UACACUAUCUCCCUGUCGUAGAAAGUUAAGCAGAGAACGAGAAAGAAGAAGCAGUGCUCAUCAUCGACGGCAUCAAUUCAAUUCUGCUUUCUUAGAAUUAUCUUCCGUUGGAUUUUAAGAAAGAUGGCAACGUUUGCUAGACCUGAGAAUGCUUUGAAGCGAGCUGAAGAGUUGAUCAAUGUUGGACAAAAGCAAGAAGCGCUCGAGACUCUUCAUAGUUUUAUUACCUCAAGGAGGUAUAGAGCUUGGACAAGAACACAUGAGAAGAUAAUGUUCAAGUACGUGGAGUUAUGCGUCGACAUGAGGAGGGGAAGGCAUGCAAAGGAUGGUCUUAUCCAAUACCGUGGUAUUUGCCAACAAGUUAAUAUUACUUCACUAGAGGAGGUGAUUAAACAUUUCAUGCAGUUGGCCACCGAGAAAGCUGAGCUUGCACGUAGUCAAGCGCAGGCCUUGGAGGAGGCUCUCGAUGUAGAUGAUUUGGAAGCAGAUAAACGGCCUGAAGAUUUGAUGUUGAGUUAUGUCAGUGGGGAGAAAGGUAAAGAUAGAUCUGAUCGUGAGCUUGUAACUCCGUGGUUUAAGUUCUUGUGGGAAACAUACCGAACUGUUUUGGAAAUUUUACGCAACAACUCAAGAUUGGAAGCCUUGUAUGCGAUGACUGCACAUCGUGCCUUCCAAUUCUGCAAGCAAUACAAACGAACUACAGAAUUUCGGAGAUUGUGUGAAAUAAUAAGAAAUCACCUUGCAAAUCUUAACAAGUACAGAGACCAACGAGAUAGGCCUGACCUUGCUGCUCCUGAAAGCCUGCAGUUGUAUCUCGACACAAGAUUCGAGCAGCUGAAAGUUUCUACCGAACUUGAACUUUGGCAGGAGGCCUUUCGUUCAAUUGAGGAUAUACAUGGGUUGAUGUGCAUGGUUAAAAAAACACCUAAACCUUCCUUAAUGGUUGUUUACUAUUCUAAGCUUUCCCAGAUAUUCUGGAUGUCGUCCAACCAUCUUUAUCAUGCUUAUGCAUGGCUUAAGCUUUUCUCACUUCAGAAAAGCUUCAAUAAGAACCUAAACCAGAAAGAUUUGCAGUUGAUUGCAUCAUCUGUUGUUUUAGCUGCACUUUCUGUACCCCCUUAUGAUCGCUCAUAUGGCGCAUCUCAUUUGGAGCUCGAAAAUGAAAAAGAACGAAGUGGCAGAGUUGCAAACCUUAUUGCAUUUGAUGUUGAAUCCAAACCUGAGAACAGAGAAAUGCUUUCCAGGUCAUCACUUCUCUUGGAUUUGGUGUCAAAAGGCAUAAUGAACUGCGUGACUCAGGAAGUGAAGGAUCUUUACCAUAUUUUGGAACAUGAAUUUCUCCCUUUAGACCUGGCUCUAAAAGUACAGUCCCUCUUAACAAAAAUUUCUAAGCUCGGAGGUAAACUUGCUUCUGCUUCUUCUGUCCCAGAAGUACAGCUGUCUCAGUAUGUUCCUUCCUUGGAGAAGCUUGCUGCUCUUAGGUUGCUGCAAUGGGUCUCCCAGGUGUAUCAGACAAUGAAUAUUGACAACCUAUCAAGGAUAAUCCCUUUCUUUGAUUUUCCAACUGUUGAGAAGAUCUCUGUAGAUGCAGUCAAGAAUAAUUUUCUAGCAAUGAAAGUGGAUUACAAGAAGGGUGCUGUUUUCUUUGGUAAUAAGAGUCUUGAAUCAGAAGGCCUAAGGGAUCACCUCUCCACGUUUGCUGAAUCCCUCGGCAAAGCAAGGGGCAUGAUCUACCCUCCUAUAAAUAGAAUUUCAAAGCUAGGGGAAACACUUCCAGAUUUAGUGGAAGUUGUUGAAAUAGAGCACAAGAGACUCCUUGCACGCAAAUCGAUAAUCGAAAAGCGCAAAGAAGAACAAGAACGUCAGCUUUUGGAGAUGGAACGAGAGGAGGAGGCGAAGAGGCUAAAAUUACAGAAAAUAACUGAAGAGGCAGAACAGAGAAGGCUUGCCACUGAAUUUGAGCAAAUGAAGAAUCAAAGAAUUCUAAGGGAAAUAGAGGAGCGUGAGCUUGAGGAAGCUCAUGCUUUGCUGCAAGAAGCUGAAAAACGCAGCAAAAAGAAAGGGAAAAAACCUGUCUUAGAUGGAGAGAAAAUAACGAGGCAGACUCUGAUGGAGCUAGCACUUAGCGAGCAGCUUAGGGAGAAGCAAGAAAUGGAGAAAAAAUUACAGAAGCUUGGCAAGACUAUGGAUUACUUGGAGAGGGCAAAAAGAGAAGAAGCAGCCCCACUUAUUGAAGCUGUAUUCCAACAGCGUUUAGCGGAAGAAGAGGCUCUACACGGACUUGAGCAGCAGCAAGAGAUUGAUGUAAGCAGGCAACGACAUGCUGGAGACCUAGAGGAAAAAAGGAGACUUGGCCGAAUGUUGGAGAACAAGAACAUUUUCCAAGAAAGAGUGCUGAGUCGUAGAAGAGCUGAAUACGACAGGCUUAGGGAAGAGAGAGAAGAGAGAAUCAACCAAAUUGUAGAGUCACGGAGACCGGAAAGGGAGACUAAGAGAAAAAUGAUAUUUCAUCUGCGGUCUGAAGAGGAGAAGCAGAAAAAAAAGCAUCAAGAGGAGGAAGCACGGAAGCUUGAAGAGAUGGAGAGGAGAAAGAAAGAGGAAGCUGAAAAAAGGGCGAAGCUGGAUGAAAUAGCUGAAAAGCAGAGGCAGCGGGAGAGGGAGUUGGAGGAGAAGUGGAGGAAUCAGGUGUCGGUGAGAGCGGCACCUCCCUCCGCUGCACCUGCACCUGCACCUGCAACUCCUUCUGCUGCACCUGCACCUGCACCUGCAGCUGCACCAACGACUGGUAAGUACGUGCCAAGGUUCAAAAGAAUGGCCACCGGUGAGUCUCAAGCCGCCCCAACACCGCAGCGUCCUACUGAAACAGACAGGUGGUCUGGUGGUGAUCGAACAGCUCCUCCAUCCACUGGUGGUGAUCGUUGGCGAGAUGAGCGCAGCAGACCCACUGCCGCCGCCCCAAAGUCCACCACUUGGCAAUCCUCUCGCGAACGCGGCCCCCGUUAAGUUUGUCUCGAGGAUUGAGACUAUUGGAAAUAUAUUUUUUAUUUUUACUUGUUAAAUAUAAAAUGAUGUUUGCUCUCAGACCGUCAUGUAUUUAUGAUGCGACGAGACGAGACAAGACAAGAUGUAAAUGUGCCUAUUGCUGCUCUACUUUCGACCAUGGGAUCGGGUUUUUUUUUUUUUUUUUUUGGCCGUCUGUGAAUUCUAUUUAUUAUACUAUUCAGGAAGUGAGUGACUAAUACUUCCACUUGUGACUCUGGUGUUGAUAAUAAUAUCUUUGGACAUGAACCAAUUUUCCUUC